AUGGAGGGAUUACAAGUAUUUGAGGAUUGGUUUGAUGGAGCAGGAGCAGGAGCAACAGCAGAUGACUGCACCUCAAAAUCUAUUCCCCUUGAAACAUUAGAGGUGAGUUCGUGUCCAAACAUCACAUCUCUUUUUCUGGCGGAUGUUAGACUUGAAGCACUGAGAAAAUUGAGAAUUGAAGGUUGCCCCAAUCUGAUUUCUCUGGGUGGACUGCAACAAGUGGAAAGUGGCAUUGAGAAAUUCCAGCUUAUUGUCAGUGAAGUUGUUAUAGAUGACCCAUCCUUGUUGCCAACGGUAAGUGUCGCCUACUUGGAAAAGCUCACAAUUUGUAAUAAUGAUGUGCUGCUUUCUUUUCCAAUUGAGGUGGAACAGUGGUUUCCCCACGUUAGCUCAUCCCUUCGUGAGUUGAGCUUUAGAGGCCUCAAAUCCCUGCAGUCUAUCCCUUCCUCCUUGGAACGCCUCUCUUCACUUAAGAUUCUACGCGUCGAAGAUGUUCCUCAGCUCCAGCAGCUUCUACACAUCCCCGCCUCCCUGGAAGAAUUACAUCUUGAAUUACUGAAAUCAUUGCAGUGCCUGCCAACGGAUUUGUCGGCCAUCUUAUCCCUGGAGCGACUAGAAUUAGAAUGCAUUCCACUCCUCAAACCAUUUCCAGACCUCCCUUCCUCCUUGAAGUCACUGACUCUAUGGUUUCUUUAUAACAUAGAGUGUCUGCCAUCUUCUCUGUCGGCCAUCUCAUCCCUCGAGCAACUACAAUUAUGUAAGAUUCAGCUCCUCAAAUCAUUGCCUAGCCUCCCCUCCUCCUUGGCGUCACUGAAGCUAUAUUGGCUUUAUAACCUAGAGUGCCUGCCAACUUCUUUGUCGGCCAUCUCAUCCCUCAAGCAACUAGAAUUAUAUAAAAUUCCACUCCUCAAAUCAUUGCCAGACCUCCCUUCCUCCUUGUAUUCACUGUUUCUACAUGAGCUUGAUAACCUAGAGUGCCUGCCAUCUUCUUUGUCGGCCAUCUCAUCCCUCAAGUUUCUAGAAUUAGAGUACAUUCCACUCCUCAAAUCAUUGCCAGACCUCCCUUCCUCUUUGCAUUCACUGGAACUAAGUAAUCUUGAUAACCUACACUGCCUGCCAUCUUCUUUGUCCGCCAUCUCAUCCCUCAACCGUCUAAAAUUAGAAAGCAUUCCACUCCUCAAAUCAUUGCCAAACCUCCCUUCCUCCUUGAAUUAUGUGAAUAUAAAUAGUCUUAAUAACCUAGCCUCUACCGACUAG